AUGAACUCUACUAAUACCAAUGAUAACACUACCUACCAGGGCUUUCGCCCCCGUCUCAUUGAAUUCCAUGGUCAUGAAGGAGAGGACUUCCGCCAUUUCAAGAAUACUCUUGAUACAUUCUUUUCUAUAACCGGUAUCAAUUCCAAUAUUCGUCGCUUAACUAUUCUUAUUUCCCAAUUAAGACGCUCCGCUGCUACUUUUCUUUCCCGUCUCAUGAAACAAAAUGUAAGUGAAGAGGCUAUGAAGUAUGAAGAUGCAAUGGAUCUUCUCCAAUCCAAGUACAUCACUCCUGAACUGGUCCAACGCUAUGAAAUCGCAUUCAAUGAUAUGGCACAAGGAACCAAUGCAUCACCCCAAAUCUUUUUAUCACGAUUGUACGAAGCUGCUGAAUUAGCUGAGAUAGAAGAUGACAAUAUGAUCCAUAGCCGUUUUCGCGCUGGGUUAAUACGUGAUAUCCGUAUUUUCUGUAUACAAUCAAGCUCAAGAACUUUUGACGACUGGGUCACCCAUGCUGAUGGCUGGUGGAAUGCCAACAAACCAAUUGGCGUCUCUCUCAUUGAAAAUCCUUUCUUACCUGAAGUGGACAAUCGUAAUACCUCGGUAUGGGAACAAAAGGUUAGUAAUAAUGUAAGUGGGAAAAUGGGGAGUAAUGAGAGAAAUCGGAAAGUAAGUUUUGGUGAGACAAAGAGUGUAAAUUCGAACGGAAGUAUAGCGACCCACGAUGUAGUUAACUAUGAACCAGCGAUUGAGCAAAUUACUGCCCAGUUGAGGUCAUUGAAACUGCAUCAAAUGGAACAGUUAAAAACCAUCGAAACAAACUUGAACUCAAACCAAACAACUGAACGAUCAUCUGCUAUGACUGAAAUGGAUAUCAUCAACAUUAUUAAGCGUACCAUCAAGGAAGAACUUAAAAACUCUUCUAAGGGAGCUAGUAGUGCUAAUGUACCAGGAAGUAAUGGUCAUGUUACUCAGGCCCAAUUCACCCCUAAUAACAACUAUCCUUCGUAUCAACAUGACAACUCUCGCUAUGGAAAAGGCGGUUGUGACAAUAACGAUCGAAAAGAUUAUGCCAAUUAUAAUUACCCCCGUAACAACAACUACAAUAACAACAACAACAAUAGUAACCCAAACAAUAAUAACUAUAACAACAAUUAUCAAAAUCGUCGCAGCUAUCCUAACCAGGACUCUUAUAAUAGUUAUAACUCUAAUUAUAGACGGAAUAGUUAUGGGGAGAACGCUAAUGGAAACGCUAGUCAAGAGGUCAAAAAGGUCCCAUAUGAUAAUACCAACAACUCCAAUGAGAACCAACAUGUCUCUCGCCGUAAUGAUAAUGAAACACAAAACCAGCCAAAAAACUAG